CUAAAUACAUUUCCUUGCAGCUUCUCAGCACGAUCAUCGCGAUGUGUAGGGGUCACAGAGGAAGCCGGUAACACACGAAAACAACAUUUGGGGAUUCCCAGUUGUACGAUACACAUCACCCUGCUCAAGUGACCAGUGAAGAAAGAGCAACGAUGGCAAUGGACAAGUACUUGCGCCAGUUCAUCAAGUACCAGCCGUACACGAUCGUGAUAUUCACCAUGAUCAUGGUGGCCAUUUUAACACCGAUGAUGGGAGAAUUUGAGGCACACGACAUUGAAAACUUUCGGUUUGGAGGUGCUGUAGCGGUCACGUUCGGUGUAAGUUGGUUUUUGGCUGUGGUGCUUCUUGUGGUAGCUAUACACAAGGAAGACAAACGCUUCAUCUAUCCGUACCUUGUACUCUUCGGUAUUGACCUAUUUUUGCUCAUACUGCGUGAGUUAUACGUGAUGUUCAUCGAUAGAAUUUAUGUCGAAUUUCUUAGCAUCAAAAUGAUGCUAGCUGCAAUAAUUGUUCCUUACGUAAUUGGGAGUUUGCUGGCGCUGCAUCGAUUGUUUACGGUGGAUCCGAUCGUGACACUCCGUAGCGAAGGGUUCGUGCGCUUCGAUCGCAACGAGGUGGUCGGCGGACAACAGACCACUGCCCCGGAACCAUCGUUUAGCCCUCCGAACGAUUACGUACGCCGAAUUUAACACCAUACCUCCCAGCUCAGCGUAAAGCCAUCUUUUUUAAAGUGCUCCUUAGCAAAUGUACUGACAAACAAAGGCAAAGUUACCUCCCCUGAUUAACUAGUUAAGAAUUUUAUUCUAUCUGCGAUCCACUACAGCUAAAAACGGUGUAAAUUUUAACGAAACUUCUUAAUAAAUGUGUUCUCAAGCAUCUA